UGAUCCUUACUGCCCUCCCCGUCUUUUGAAUACUCUGGGCUGCCGCAUUGUUACUAUGGUGAUUUCAGUGUCUCCACCCCGCCCCACACAGUUUUGCUGUCCGUCAGUACUUGAAAUGCAGCAGCCUUUAUUUAGACUGUUGCUGAUUCACGACACUCGGUCCCAUCCAUAGCGUCUUUUCACGGUGUUAGAAUUCAUUGUCGACUCGACAACGUGAUUGCAGGAGUCGGCAACUUCAACAUACGUUGGAUAAGUUCUAACAAGCUAAACGACGCUAAAAAAAUAUAUAUUAAUUCAUCAUGUCUGCAGUCUCGCGACGUAACUCAAUUUUGCCGGUCCCUAUCAAGAAUAUUGAGCGCGAACUAAUUUGUCCGAUCUGCAAGGAGCUGUUUACACACCCCCUCAUCUUGCCCUGUCAGCACAGCGUUUGUCACAAGUGUGUCCGAGAGCUGCUGCUAUUGAACCAUGAGGAUUCUUUCGAUGCAGGCUCGGAGUGUUCCCUCCCUGGGAGCCCAGGGCCCCGAUCCAGAGUGCCCUCGCCAAGCAUGGAGAGGCUGGAUAGGCUUGCAAGAUCGGGCUCUAUGUCCUCACCAGGAUGGAGACGUGGCUCUGUGACCCCCCGCAUCACCACUUUCCCAUGCCCGGGUUGCCAACACGACGUGAACCUGGGCGAGCGGGGCAUGAGCAUGCUCUUCCGGAACUUCACCCUGGAGAGCAUCGUGGAGCGCUACCGGCAGGCGGCCCGUGCUGCUGUUGCGAUCAUGUGCAACAUGUGCAAGCCGCCCCAGCAGGAGGCUACCAAGAGCUGCAUGGAUUGCAAGGCCAGCUACUGCAAUGAGUGCUUCAAGUUCCACCACCCCUGGGGCACCCCCAAAGCCCAGCACGAAUACGUGGGUCCCACCAUGAACUUUAGGCCCAAGGUGCUGAUGUGUCCGGAGCAUGAGAUGGAGAAGGUCAACAUGUACUGUGAGGUGUGCCGGCGUCCAGUCUGUCACCUGUGCAAGCUGGGAGGCUCCCACGCCAACCACAAAGUCACAACCAUGAGCAGCGCCUACAAGAUCCUCAAGGAGAAGCUAUCAAAGGCUAUCCAUUACUUAAUCAGCAAAGAGGACCAAGUGAAGACUCAGAUUUCCCACCUGGAGGUGUUGAUCAAUGAAACCGAGGAGAAAGGCCAGUUGGUGGAGCGUCGGACCGACGAGAACUUUGAGCGACUGUUCGAGACCCUCCAGGAGAGGAAGUUUGAGAUGCUGCGGUCCAUCGAGCAGUCGAGGACGCGGCGUCUGGACCAGCUUCGGGGCCAGGUGGACGAGUACCAGGGCAUGUUGGAGAACAGCGGCCUGGUGGGUUAUGCCCAGGAGGUUCUCAAGGAGACGGACCAGUCCUGCUUUGUUCAGACUGCCAAGCAGCUGCACACCAGGAUCGCGAAAUCCACUGAGUCUCUGAAGACAUUCCACCCUGUGGCCGACCCCUCCUUUGAUGAGUUUGUGCUGGACACUUCCAGAGAGGAGACCCUGCUGAAGGAGCUUUGUUUUGGUGGAGUCCCUGACCCUCCCAUCAUCGAUCUGUCCUGCAGUCGCGUCUACAACGAAGGCCUGGUGUGCUGGCAGUUGGCUGAGGAUACCCUGGCCACAGACCACCAGGUGCUUGAGUACAGGAAGCUGGAUGUUGAGCAGGACGAGGAGGAGGGCGGCAGCCGCUGGCGCCCCACAGUCCCGGUGUACGGCCCCAGCACAGUGGUGUGCGACCUGGAGGCCAACAGCCUCUACUCGUUCAGAGUACGCAGCUGCCGCAACUCCUUCUACAGCCCCUACAGCCCAGAAGUCACCUUCCACACACCACCUGCUCCAGUGUUUGGCUUCCUGUUCAAUGACAAGUGCGGCUUCAGCUCGGAGCGGCUGACGUUGAGUAAGCUGCGUGACUCGGUGGAGAGUGCGGCCGGCAUGGCCUUCCUGCUGGCUGCUGAACGCGUGCAGACAGGCAGCUACAUGGGCCUGGACUACAUCAUCGGUGACACCGGCAUCUCUCAGGGCAGACACUACUGGGCCUUCCGCGUGGAGCCCCAUUCCUACUUAGUCAAGGUGGGCGUGGCCUCUGAUUCCAAGCUGCUGGAGUGGAUCCACAACCCCCGGGACACUAGUAGCCCCAGGUACGACCACGACAGUGGGCACGACAGUGGCAGCGAGGACACGUGCUACGACCUGUCCCAGCCCUUCACCCUGCUCACCGUGGGCAUGGGCAAAGUGUUCAUCCCCAAAGCAUCUAUCUCCUCCGCCACCGCCGGCAAUGACCACGGCAACCGGGUGCUGCCCAUGCCCCAGCGCAUUGGCGUGUACCUGGACUACGAGGCGGGCCGUGUCUACUUCUACGAUGCAAACACCAUGAGAUGCCUUUACGAGCGGCAGGUGGACUGCACCGGUACCAUGUAUCCCGCGUUUGGCCUCAUGGGUAGUGGCAAGGUCCAUCUAGAGGAGUUCAUCGCAGCAAAGCGACUGUCGUAUAUGUGA